UUUGGUGAUCUCAUUUCUUAAAAUUUGUUUGGACAUAUCCAUUCAUGCUGACCCGAAUUGAGGUAUAAUUUCUUAUAAGUUUAGUUUUACAAUUUUUCUUGUUUGGGAUGUAUAUUUUUUAACCAAGAAUAUGUCACAUUUCUUAUCUUUUCUAAUGACACGCAGUUUUCUUUGUUCAUGAUGUUAACUGGAUGGAUCAUAUGCCCCUAAACUUAUUGUCACGCCCAAAUCUGGAAAUAAAGAAUAUUCCUAAAUCAGGAUGAGCGAAUUCAACAAAAUAAAAUUAAAAAAAUUGAAAAAUUGGUUUAAAAUGGUCACAUCUAAUUUAAGGGCUAAUUAUAUGAGUAAUAUGCUAGACUUGAUGAUGAUGUGGUGCUGAUUGGAAAUAUUUAGUCUGUGUGUUUUCCAGAAGUACAGGCUUAACAGCAGGGGAGUCCAAACCAGCUACUGCCAAUAGUUACCAAAGGACAACCCCAUUUUACUACAGGGACUUUUGGAACCCAAGCACUUCUGAUCAGACCAACUUUUAAGCAGCAACAGAUCAAAGCUGCUGCGAAUGGUGGAGUUAGAAUUGGAGGUGGGUCUUCAAAUGGUGGCCCUAGCAGCAGAGGAAAUUCAGAAAUGGAAAAAUAAAAGAGAAGUCAGUUUUUCUUUAUCCAAUUGCGAUAGUACUUUUUUUUUUCCCAAGGAAUCUGAUUGUACUUUGUGCAUGCCGUCGUUUGGUUUUUAUUCACCACAUCUUUUGAACAUCUCCUUGGGAAAGAAAAAAAAAGUUCUAUCGCGAUUGGACAGAAACCUCCCUGGGGCUUAGGCCUGCACGGGCUUUGGCCCUUCAAAAUUUUUGAAAUACUAUAUAUAUUGGGCUUUGCAUUGGACAACUUAGGAUAAUAUAUAUAUUAAAAUAAUGCUUGUGCUUCACCACAAUAAAGAGAAUGAGGGAUUUACGUUUCCCCCUCCAACUAAAAGGCUAAUUCCUUAACAAAAUGGCUAAGUUACUCUUGGAUCCCACCAACAUAUUUAAUAUAAAUUAAAAGAAACAGCCAAUCAAAUCUUUAUUUUUACAAAUAUCUUUAAGAAAAUAGGAAAUUAAAGACAACCGGUUAUUAUUAUUAUUUUACAAGUUUUGAUUCUGAAUGAUUGUUGAUAUACUUAUUAUGUUUAGUUUCAUCAUCAAGAGAAGUUAUUCAUGUUCACCACUUUUUCACUAAAUUUACUUGUAUUGUCAAUAUGUUACAUAUGGCCCCUCUCCUUAUAAGUGGGUUUGGGCUAAAAUAGCCAUUUUUCACAACUUUUAUUCUAUAAUAGCCCAUGCCCGAUACAGUGUCUUUUUGCUGUCCCUAUAAUCAGGGGCGGAGCCAGCAUGGGACCAGUGUGGUCCCAAGGCCCCACUCCAAUUUUACAUUUUUUAUUUGUAUAUUAUAUAUGAUAUAUUAUAUUAGUUUUAGAAUAUUUACUUUAAAAUAAAAUAUAUAUUAGGUUCUUCUUGUCUAUAAAUUAACCAUAAAAUUUAUUAGCUAGUCUCUCUUUUACUCAUCUCACUUAAAUCUUCUAGGUUAGUUUAUGAUAUUUGCACUAAAAACUCCUAAAGUUUUAACAUUUCUUUCUCUUCCUCUUUUGUUUAAAGCUUUGUGAAUUUUUUCUUUUCCUUAUUUUUGUUUUAUGUAUGAGUUGGGUACCUUAAUAUUGCACUUUAUGAACUCUUUUUUUCUAUUUCUUUUCUCUUUUGGAAUAUAAAUUAUCAAAAUUUAAGUCUUUAAUAGUGUAGAUGAUGAUAUUAGUAUUUAACCAAUUUAAAAUAUGAAAUUCAUGAUAAUUUUGAAGAGAAUACAAGGUUUAUGAAAGGCUCCCUUUAACGUGAAAUUCUGGCUCCGCCACUGCCUAUAAUGUCUCUUUGUGUGCCAAGUUUUUAAUUUUGACUACACACACUUCAAACAAAAGCAUUUGUGUUACCAGACUGGAUGUAAGUAUAAUAGUACAGCCACAUUUUGAUUUAAUGUAUGCUGUUUUCCCAAAUCGUGCUUGAAAUGGUUGCAAGAUUCUAAGAAAGAAGAGCUUCAAAUGAUUUCCAAAUAUACCUCAUGGUCUCACGUCUGGACCCUCCCCAGCUUCAGAUAAAAAAGUUUUUUUUUUUUCUUCAUGCAAAUAAGCCAAGUUAGGUGCAAUUAUUCUGAACCACCCCUCAGCUUCGACCCAUGUGGUCAUGGUCAAUUGUAGGCAAACUAAAAGACUCUGCUAGAUUUGAAGUGUACCAAGAACAAAUGCCUCAGUUAGCACCUAAAUCAUCUACAUGCUAGUAACUUUGCAUUUGAGAAUUGUAACCAAAAAAUAAAAACCACCACCACAAGAAAAUGAUUCAAGUAUAAUCUAAAGGCCUGGUUUUCUUGCUCCAUGUUGUUGCUUCUAACUCUAUCUUUGUCAUGGGAAUUUUCACAACAACUACCUCUCUCUUUCCUUUGUUGCUCUACUUCUUUUGACUCUCAAGUCAUUACCCUCUCUUGUACUUCAUCAAUACACAGCUUUUAAAUAGCUCACACAUGCAAGUUAUUGCCACUAAUUAUAAGGUCACCCAUUAAUUCCAUUUGUAUAUCCUCCUAAUAUCUCUCAUCUCAUCUCCAAAACCAACUUUUGAUGGCUGAUAUUAUUGAUUAUGAUACAAAGCAAAAUACAAUUUCCACAACAACUUCCGCUUCCACACCUCUUAAGCUCUUUGGUUUCAACAUAUCAGAAGAUCACUACAACUCAAAUAUAACCAAAUCUUCAUCUGCGUCACAAGAAUCCGACCUCCGUAAAUAUGAGUGUCUGUACUGCUGCCGUGAGUUUAGCAAUUCUCAGGCCUUGGGAGGCCACCAGAAUGCUCACAAGAAAGAAAGGCAAAUCCUAAAGCGUGCACAAAUGCAUGCUAGCAGCCGAAACUUGGUUACUUCACACAUCCAAAACCCGAUCAUAUCGGCAUUCAUUUCACAGUCACAGCUCUUCGCUUCUAUGAUGGUUCAGGCAGCGGCGCCCCCACAAUCCCCUUCAUGUCUUUACAUGGCACAUGCACCUGUAAACAUAUCGGACCGCGACGCAUAUCUCUCCGGGACUGGCCCCUCGCCAUUAGGGAGGCAUGUCUACCGCAAGGCCGGGAUAGGGGAAAGUUUGAUGAUGAGGGCUUCGUCUCAAGAAGGGGUUGGAAAUCAUGCUAGUUUUUUGCAGGGUUUAAGCGGUUGUGCGGAAGAUGAGGGUGGGAUUAAGCUUGAUAAAGGUUUGGGAUUGAAUUUGCAUCUCAGCCUUGGGCCUGCUUCGCAAUGAUUUGGGCUUCAUUCUAGGACCAGCUUGCUUUGGGAUUGUAAAGUUCCUCUUUUUCUUUUUAGGCUUUUUCAAUUGUUUUCUAAAUUUCAUGAUCCAUGAAAAAAUAAAAAUUCAUGAUCAAAUCAAAUAGGAAUCUGAGCCGGGUUAAGUAUUAGAAUAUUAACAUCCAACGUAAAAUUAAUUGACAAUAUAGAUGGAGAAGUCCAAGAUAUGUUUUAAGCACUAUUGCGAAGUUUCAAUC